UCGCUGUGAGUUGCACAGAAGAAGAAGACGUUUGCCGACAAUUUUGCGCUUGGUUCGGGAAAAACGUGUAAAACAUUUAUAUUACUAACUAAAAUACGCGCCAACCGACAGAAACACAUACAGUUAUGGCUUUGGUCUGCGCACUGACAAACGAAGUCCCAGAGACGCCCGUGGUGUCUCCGUACUCGGGAGCCGUCUUUGAAAAGAGAGUGAUCGAAAAGUAUCUGCUUGAGAAUGGUUGCGACCCCAUUAGCGGCAAAGAGCUGAAGCCGGAGGAGCUGAUUGAGAUCAAGACACCGGCGGUGGUCAAGCCGAAGCCGCCAAGCGCCACCAGUAUACCGGCAACUCUGAAAACAAUGCAGGACGAGUGGGAUGCGCUGAUGAUCCACUCGUUCACACAACGCCAGCAGCUGCAGACGACGCGACAGGAGCUGUCGCACGCCCUGUACCAACACGAUGCCGCCUGUCGAGUAAUUGCGCGUCUGAACAAGGAGGUGGCCGCUGCUCGCGAGGCCCUGGCCACGCUGAAGCCUCAGGCCGGCAUUGUAAGUGCUCCGACGGCAAUUCCACAGCCGGCAUUGGCCACAGAGGCUGGCGGUACUGCUGCCCAUCCCAUGGAGCAGGCAGGAAUGAGCGCCGAGGUGAUACAAAAGCUGCAGGACAAGGCUACGGUGCUGACGCAAGAGAGAAAGAAACGGGGACGUACUGUUCCUGAGGAUCUAGUGACGCCGGACCAGGUUAAGAGCUUCCUCACAACGGCCUCCCAUCCCGGUCUGCACUCGGCGUCGGUUCCCGGUAUCCUGGCUCUGGACAUUAAUAGUGCGGAUCACAGCAAGAUUCUGACUGGCGGAAACGACAAGAACGCCACUGUAUUCAACAAGGACACGGAGCAGGUUGUGGCCAUCCUUAAGGGACACACCAAGAAGAUCACCAAAGUCAUCUACCAUCCCAACGAGGACACCGUCAUCACUGGAUCGCCCGACAUGAACAUUCGGAUCUGGCACGUGCCCACCUCGCAGACGCAACUGCUUUUGCGAUGCCACGAAGGUCCCGUAACCGGCCUGUCACUGCAUCCCACUGGGGACUACUUGCUGUCCACCUCUUCGGACAAACACUGGGCUUUCUCUGACAUCCGUACAGGUCGCCUGCUCACCAAAGUAAUCGAUUCAGCCGAGGUCGGCUUAACGACAGCUCAGUUCCAUCCCGAUGGUUUGAUUUUUGGCACCGGCACCGUGGAUUCUCAGGUCAAAAUCUGGGAUCUGAAGGAACAAAGCAACGUGGCCAACUUCCCCGGCCAUACUGGUCCCAUUUCGGCCAUCUCCUUCUCAGAAAACGGUUACUAUCUGGCCACUGCUGCGGAUGAUGCUUGUGUGAAGCUGUGGGAUCUGCGGAAGCUGAAGAACUUCAAGACAAUCCAAUUGGACGAUGGCUACGAAGUCAAGGAUCUGUGCUUUGAUCAGAGCGGCACCUAUUUGGCGAUUGCUGGCACCGAUGUCAGGGUUUACCAAUGCAAGCAGUGGCAGGACCUGAAGGUCUUCAACGACCACACAGCCCUGGCAACGGGCGUACGAUUUGGAAAGCAUGCCCAGUAUCUCGCCUCCACCAGCAUGGACCGCACCUUGAAACUGUACGCCAUCGAAUAAGCAAUUCAGAGUCCACAAAUAUAGUUUAUAAGACAUAAAACUUUGUAUCCCAUUUUCUCCUAAACUUUGUGUAUCUUAUGGAACAAAUCUGGCAGAGAAAUAAACCUGACCCCCCCUCAAUCCGAAAGGCUAAUAAAAUAUGUAACUCAA